CAAGGAUUCAGCCGAAUCUGAAUCCUGCUGAAAAAAGCCGAAUCCUGGAUUCAUACUGUAUGAAAAUGCAAAUAUUACGUCAUAAUCUGUUUUUUGGUUGCCGGGCCAGAGAGCCUAGUAACUAGAGAGAAAAACCGAAAAGGCAAAUGUAAGAAUAACUACCGGUAUCUAUUUAUUUUAGAGUUGAACUUUUCCUAUCAGUAAAUUCUGUCUGUAUAUCUUAAAGGUGCUGGUUCUCAUCCCUCUUUCCUUUUACUGCUGAUAUCUGCCACAACCCAUUAUCUUUUCGUUCUAAAGAGGGACCCAUUUUCCCAUUGUCUGGAACCCUUUACGCCUCUUUGUGCAAUGAGAGGAAUUAAGGGGAAGAUCAUUGAGUUAAUCUCAGAUUCCUACCAAUCCGUUCCUUCUUCUUUUGCUCCCUUCAAUCUUACAACCACAUGAGCCAAAAUUAAACUUGCUGAGGGGCCCAUCCCAAACAAUAAAGGGCACCCUCACUGGAGGUGUGGGCCAUCACAACCUGCUGUUCUUGCAAAAAUACUCUUUGCCUCAUCGGGAAACCAGUCUCUGUACUUUAAUAUGAGCCAUAAUACUUUAACCAGCUUCCACUGCCCUAUUUAACUUAUUUGUUAUGAUGAGGUCACAUCCUAAUUAUGAUGACUUCUCUUUGUGGUUAAAGUUGCUGUGGCUAGGUCCAACAAGUAAAAUUAUGGGCUUUGAGUGAGCGUGUAACCAUGCAGAACUUAGUGGAGUGAUGCCAAAUUUUCCUGUAAACAGUCGUCACCCAGCAGGUCAACUCAGUUAAAAUAAAACCGAAUUGUUACUGUGAAUUGUUUUAUUGCCAUAAAUUCCCCUGACGCAAAAGAUCAGCCUGAGCUUAUCAGGACUCUUCUCAUUUCCUUGUCCUGCUACCACAAGAUUUGCUCUUCUUUCACUCUCCACAUCUUCUCUUCUGGCCCUUUACAUAUGUGCUUGCUUGUUACUCGCCAUACUUACUUACUUACUUGCUUGUACAUAAUACCGUGAGUAUUAUGAGUGCUUUCCAAUGGCGCUGCUUGGUUACACUUACCAUCCUGGCAUUACUGAUGAUGGUUUGCCCUGUAGAAUAUGUUGUAUCUAUGGUUAUUCUGCAGAGCCUCAGUGUGGCCCUAAGUAGCAGAUUGUACAGCCAUAGAGGGGCCGUGGACAUUGCCUCCAACAUCUCACUAUAGAAUUCCCAGCAUGCUCCAACUACUAAUGAAUAGGAUUUGCUUCUGUGCUGUGACCUUUUUGAAGAAGCUUCUGGAACAAUCACUCCUUUUGGCUCCCAUUCCCAGCAACGUGGUGAGAUGUGGUCCACACUCCAAAUGUUUGUAUUUCUCAAAGUGCUUUAUUACAUAAAUCGGUCAGAAUACAUAUACAGUAAUUGUGUGGAUUGACUCACUACAUGGAAAGAAAAAGCACCCAUAUCACUUUCAUAUUUUGGGUUGUAAGGGUGCAUCGUACAGUAUGUGUUGGACAGUAUAUAUGAGUAUCAGAUUUCAUGUAGGAUGAAUGGGACAGUGACGGAAAAAUAUGGCAGUAGGCAAACUGUAGGGCAAGAUAGGAGCAAUAGAGAUAGAUGGGAACAAUUGUGUAAGAUGGGGUUGCCACCCCAUCUUACACAAUAAGCUGGGGUAAAGACCUUGGGGAGGAAUGAUGUCAAGAGGUGAGAUCGGGGUGAUUGUUGCCCAGGUUUCUCUGCAGUUUUUGUCCAGACAAAUCCCUAUAAAAACCAGGCUGUCCAGUUGAAACCCAGACAGGUGGCAACCCUGGCUCACAAUCAUAAAAGCAGGGCAAGAAAAAGAGAGUAGGGCAAGAUGGAGACAGAAGGUCAAAAUGGACAGUAAAGUUGAAGACAUUAGGCAAGAUGGAAAUAGUAGGACAAAGUGGAGGCAGUUGGACGAUAUGGAGACAGCAGGACAAAAUGGAGGUAGUAGGGCAAGAUGGAGAGAUUAGGACAAGAUACAGACAAUAGAGAAAGAUGGAUCAAUAUGGCAAGAUCAACAUUUUAAAACCGUAUGGCCCAAAGUGUAGCCCAUCAGCUAUUGUUGAAGUUCAAUUACACAGUCUAAAAACAGAUGAAGAGCAUUGGGUUAGAUAUUUGUUGCUUUAUGCACUCCUAAAGGCAGUCCUGUAUGUGUUUUUUUUUUUGCUAUACCCACAGCUUCUUUUAUCAAAGUUGGAUUUACAGACUCUGGUGAAAUAUUAAUCAGAAGUUAGAAAGUUCCAAGUGGCAGCAGAUAAAGGGCCAAUGUACAACUAUGUUUCACUUUGCCGAGGGGAACACUCUCCCUAGAGAAUUAAUUCCUCUAGAUGUAUUGUCAGUAAAUGCCUCCCUUUAUGAUGGUUCUGCUACAAAGACUUAUAUAUGUAUCCUCAUCCCCCAGAGCUUACAGUCUGUGAGAGGUACAGAACACAAGUAUGAGGAAGCUCUGCUGCUUACCAUGUAUUCCUUUAAAUAGCUUCUGAAAUGGGGACCAUGGUUCUAUAGGUCAGCAGGUCUCAUUCCUAACACAUCUGCUCCUGGAGGAACGUAAAGAACAUCAGCCCUUGCUUUCUAUUUGUGCAACGAGGAAGUUCUGCAGGUACAAAUUAACUAACUUCUCAAUUUCCCUGCAAACACAAAUUACUGAAUGAGCUGCAAGGAGUCUAUUUUGGAGGUGUUAAGUGGCUAAUGCUGGCCUGAUUUGGUUUUGAGGAAAACUUUCCUUACAAUAUGGAAUCCUUUCUAAGGGAACGGUUAAACUGCCUGAAUUGCCUUUGGGACAAGAUCUGGCCUCCUGAAAACCCUGUGGUAAAUGUGAACACAAUCAGCUCAACGGUCCAGCAUAUUUACACAGACCUAGUCACAGCCCUGUACAGUUUUGAUGCCCGGAGUACAGACGAGCUGACAAUUGAGGAGGGUGAAGAGCUAUAUAAGUUGAGUGAUGAAGGUGAAUACAUCUUGGCCAGGAAACAAACAGGCAGUAUGGAAAGUGGGUUGGUUCCAGCAUCCUAUGUGGCUCAGUCUGGUCUUCCAGGUGGUCACUACACCAUCCAGGACCCUUGGUACUUUGAAGUGGCAAGUCGCACGGAUGCUGAAAGAUUACUCAUGAGCCCUCCAAAUGCCCAUGGUUCGUUCCUUGUACACCCGAGUGAUAGCACCCCUGGGCAGUACUCCCUAGCUGUACGCAAUAAAGACAAAGUCACCCACUUCUGCAUCAGUGUCAGUGCCAGGGGCGAGUUUUAUAUUCAGAAUGAAAAAUUAUUUGCCUCCAUUAAAGAGCUUAUCAGCUUCUAUAAAGUAAACUGGAAACUCGUCAAAAGUCCGUUGUUCCAGUCUUGUGUCUGGGUUGCCUAUCAAAGAGACCAGUGGGAAAGGCCACGCAUUGAGUUCAAGCUGGUUAAGAAACUGGGUGCAGGGAAUUUUGGAGAAGUUUGGGAAGGCCUCUGGAAUAACAAAGAUAAAGUUGCCAUAAAGACCUUCAAACAAGACCACAUCAAUGAGAGUGAUUUUAAGAAGGAAGUUGAUGCUCUCAAGAGCUUGUGUCACAAGAACCUGAUCCAACUCUAUGCAGUUUGCACAGUAGGAGAACCGGUCUAUAUAGUCACUGAGCUCAUGUCUAAAGGAAGCCUCCAGCAGUUCUUGAGAGGUAAUGAAGGACAUCAUUUAACGGCCGCUAAUUUCAUGCACAUCAUCUCUCAGGUGGGAGACGGCAUGGUGUAUCUGGAGAGCAAGCAUGUAGUGCAUCGAGACCUGGCCGCUCGCAAUGUGCUUGUGGGGGAGAAACUGGUGUGCAAGAUUGCGGAUUUUGGGUUAGCCAGGCUACUCAAGGAUGAUUUAUACUCACUGCAAUGUAACAUGAAGAUCCCAAUUAAAUGGACAGCCCCUGAGGUUCUGACCUACGGAAAAUACUCCACAAAGUCUGACAUUUGGUCAUAUGGCAUCAUGAUAUAUGAAGUCUUCAUGUUGGGACAGCCGCCCUACCAAGGAAUGAAUAACCAAGAAGUGAUGGCCAAACUCACAUUGGGAUACAGACUUCCAAAGCCAGAUCAAUGUAGCCCAGAUGUUUACAAGUUGAUGCUGGAAUGUUGGCAGGAAAAACCUAGCCAAAGGCCGAGCUUCUAUGAAUUUGUGUUGAAACUGACUGCCAUCCAGCAUAGCGUCCAAUGAAAGUAAUGGUGGGUUUAAGUGGGCAGCAGUUUGGGGACUACCUACAUUAUAAAGCAGUAUGUACACUUAACUCAAAGUUUUGUCCUACGAGAGACUCCCGCCCAAGAAUACACAAAAAAAUAGGGGUGGAUUAAAGUUCUCAUUUUAGUCACUGUAUUGGCACAACCUUCCACUGAAAUUACUAGUAUGAAGGAUUAGUGCCAGGCCCGGACUGUCCAUCGGUGAAUUCGGGCAAAUGCCCGUUGGACCGAUGUCUGUGUUAUAAAUGGGCCGCACAGCCUGCUGUCCAGAUACUGUAGAUAUCCGUUAAUGAGGCUGCUGUUGCUGACAAACACCACUAGAUGUCGCUUAUUUCUCAAGUGACUGCAGCUCCUCUGCAAUUCUACUCUGCAAAGUAACCACUAGGUGUCAGCACUUCUGGAGCCUGUAACAAAUUUUAAAGGAGAAGGAAAGUGAAUUAAGCUUUAUCAGAAAGGUCUAUAUAAAUACACCAGUAAACCCUCAAAGU